AGUGUAGAAGGAUUGCUGUGAUUUCGCUGCUGUGUCUACGAUGUUGUCACUGUGUUUUCGACUGUCUGAGGACACUUCCAUGUUGGAAACGUGACACCAGGCGGCCAUGUCGUCCUUGGGAGUGGUCCGUGACCUUGGGGACCAGCAGGUUUACUACGUAGACGGCAAAACGUUCGCCAGGAGGGGAAAAAAGGAAGGGAGGGGGAAGGCUGCUCGACAAGAUGGCCGGGGGCCGGACAUGAAUGGCAGUGUCGGCGGAGAGCAAGCGCAGGGCGCCCGAGAACCGUACGCUACCUACACGCCCCAUCCCCGCGACGCUACUACAGACCUGGGACAAGUCAACCUCGUCUUUGUAGAAGGUAAAACAGAAGGUAACGUUGCCAAGCAGGAAGAAUCCACCGACUGGGAGCCAGGGAAAGAAGCGCCACCAGAGGGGAAGCGAGAGAACUCCGGUACUGCAUCAAAAAGACGGAAGCGACGCGAUAGACAUACGAGGUGCGUUGCCUUGGCCAACACGACGACACUACAGCGGGUUUUGAUGGCUCUUGCUGUGGUGGGAGCGGGCUUAUUUAUCGCUGGUGUUGUAGAGAGCAUCCUUCAGGCUACGUCUCAUGUUGGAAUGAUCCUUCUGGCUGUGUCGUCUGCGUUUCUGCUGCCGCCAUGUCUGUACCUGGCCUACAUAAUGAGACCGGACUGUUGUAAUAAAUAUUGUAGGUGCCGCUGCUGUUGACCCCAGUCGGAUAAAGUCCGCAAGGAAAUGUCUGAGUCACGCAAAGUUGCAGCUUCGCAUAAAAUAACAUUCUUAAUAUACAUAUAACAUAUCAGGAGGAUAUUGUCAAACGACAUAUAAAACUAAAGAUACAACGAAA